UUAUUGAGAAUCUCUGCACACUCUCAUAUCAUCAAGCUUUGCACUUUCUCCGAGAACCCUAUCGCUUCUCACGAGCCCUUCUCCUCUCCUCGCCGCCGGGAACCUAAACGGCACCGCCUCCCUCUCUACACCGCAAGUGCAGGAUAAUCGCCCGGAGGGGCAUCCUGGAAGCUAGUUUAGAGGGCCAUGCUUCUGCUUUACAUUGAAUUGUCUGUUGCAUUACAAUGACGUUAUUCUCUUUUUCAACAUCUACCAUUAACACUGGCAAGCUUGUCUUCAAAUCACCAACGUAUUUUUCAACCAAAGAUGGUGACAGAUGCUGCCAAGGUUUCCUUUGUGCUUCUGCAGGCAGUCUCAAAAUCAGCCAUUCUCCUUCAACUCGUGCUCCCUCUCUGCUGAUUUACAGUAACAAGUUGUUCUGCCCUGCCAAACCAUUAUAUUUGAAUAAUUCAAGGAAAGGAAGCAGUUGUUAUUCACUGGAUGUCCAAAGGCUCUUCAGCUAUUCCCAUGGAUCAAAAGUUUCAACUUGAUGAUGUAAUUGAAUCUCAACAGUUUGAUAGGGACAUUCUUAAUGAUAUAUUUGAAGUGGCUCGAGAAAUGGAAAAUAUUGAAAAAAAUUCACCUGGAAGUAAGAUACUACGGGGCUAUCUCAUGGCUACUCUAUUUUAUGAGCCUUCAACACGAACAAGACUUUCUUUUGAGUCUGCAAUGAAACGGUUAGGUGGAGAAGUUUUGACAACAGAAAAUGCGCGAGAAUUCUCUUCAGCAGCAAAAGGAGAAACCCUUGAAGAUACCAUAAGGACUGUGGAGGGAUACUCUGAUAUUAUUGUGAUGAGACAUUUUGAAAGUGGAGCAGCCAGAAGAGCAGCUUCUACAGCUAGCAUUCCAGUUAUUAAUGCUGGGGAUGGUCCAGGGCAACAUCCUACUCAGGCUCUUUUGGAUGUCUACACAAUUGCUAGAGAAAUAGGAAGAUUGGAUGGUAUCAAACUUGCACUUGUUGGAGAUCUUGCUAACGGGAGGACUGUCCGAUCGUUAGCCUAUCUAAUUGCAAUGUAUAAGGAUGUGAAGAUCUAUUUUGUCUCUCCAGAUGUUGUAAAGAUGAAGGAUGACAUUAAAGACCACUUGACAUCCAUGGGAGUUGAAUGGGAAGAAAGCACUGAUCUAUUGGAGGUAGCUUCCAAAUGUGACGUGGUUUAUCAGACCCGAAUACAACGAGAAAGAUUUGGCGAAAGAAUUGAUUUAUACGAAGCAGCUCGUGGAAAAUACAUUGUCGAUCAGAAGGUGUUAGAUGUAUUGUCAAAACAUGCUGUCAUCAUGCAUCCUCUCCCAAGGCUUGAUGAGAUAACUACUGAUGUCGAUGCAGACCCUAGAGCGGCAUAUUUUAGGCAAGCCAAGAAUGGCCUCUAUAUUCGUAUGGCGUUGUUGAAACUACUGCUGCUCGGCUGAGGAAUGUUUCUUCUUUCCAAGUUCAGGAAAUGCAUUGCCAUGAAAUUGUGAACCGUGAACUGGUGAUCAUUAAUCUGAGUUUUAUUUGAAAUGAUCAUUAAUCUGAGUUUUAUUUGAAAUGUAAUCGAAACAUGUUGAUCAGGUUGUUCAGUUCAAUUCCAAGUCCUGGAAGAUGAUGAACAAUGUAAUAUCUCCUUGCGUAAAAUUUGAAGAUAUACUUUGCUGGAUGCAAAAUACAAAUAAAAAUCAAAACAUCAACUUAUCCUCAA